AUGAAAGAGUUUGUCGUUGGCUGCGCUGCUCAGAACUCAGUAGCCAUCAACGCCGUGAUGGAACUGGACAGACUGGAGGUUCUUCUCGGAGGAGAGCAUCACGUCGAUGCUCCGGUCACAUUCAAAAUAACUAUGGAAGCUGACCUCAAUGUGAACACGCUUGUCAUCAAUGGCUCUGCCAGCCACCUUGUUGUAGUACUCGACGGUGUGCUCCGUUGUAAUCGUGUCAAAGUCGCUGAAACUUUCAAAAAUGUCACCAUCACCGGAAAAGGAUCACUUGAUAGUCAGCUGGUAGCGGCUGAAGGCUCAAACAUCAACUUCAAUGUCUACCAGAUCUUCCGCACGAAUGAGAUGUUCUGCAGGAAUGUAAUUGUGCAGCAGGACUCUCUUCUGCGUCUGCAGCCCUGUGACGACCAUGACGUCACUACCGUAUCUUGUGACAGGAUACUUAUUGAGGGUACUGUAUUCGUCGAACGUAAAUUGCUGUUGGUGUCAAAGAAGUCCGACAUAGGAGAACUACAAAUCCGCGGCCCAAUAAUUGGCACAACGCCGGAUAGUGAAGUGUCUAUCGAGAGUACGAAGGUUUCCAUUGCUGGACAGGUCGCUAAUUUGAAACUGUUCGAAAUCUACGCUCGCGACUCGACCCACUUCUCGCUGGCCAAACUGAAAAAUGUUAGAUCGGUGGCUAUCGAUUGCAGCGAACUGACCCUGAAUGCUGACAUUGACUCCUGUGACAAUUUUGUUGUGAACGCUGAUGCAGUGAAUUUAUCGGGCACCUGUUCCAGUGCAAGCUCAUCCGGAGCGUUGUCUGUAUAUUGUAGCUCCCUGCAGUCGUCUAUCAAUGUCAGCAAUAUUACGCAGAUGUACCUCAGCUGCAGAAGAGCAGCAUUGAUUAGGGGAACAAUUGAAAACGUGGACAGCAUUGAAAUUGACGCGAAAUGGAUCAAUAACCAUGCGUCAUUGGUGAAAUGCGUUGAUGUCAAGCUCACAGCUUGGUCUAUCCACUUUUGUGGCUCUUCUUCAUUGACGAAGUUGAAAAUGACGUCACUCGGAGUCACACUCAUCAAUGGCACCAUAAACGCGGCUGAGCUUAGCGCCACGGCUCCGUUCAUAGUCGCUAUGCAGCCGUCGUCGUCUUUGAUGGCAGAGAAGCUGGAGCUUAAUUCCCUGUGCCUAUGUACCAAUAACGAUCUGAAAUUGAGUGGAACGAAUUAUUUGUGGCUUGUGUUCGAAGAAAUGGUCUACAGACCAAAACUAACUCUCACCCAGGCGAACAACUGGAAGGAAACGGCAGAGAUGAUGAAGGAUCGCUUCAGUAGUCCCACUAUUGACGUUGACGAAGUAAUUGUUGGACUGAAAUAUCUGGGCAGCGAUUUGCACUAUAACGAAAAUCUCUCUGGAACAGAUUCGAAACAUGAAACUUACGAGGAGUUGUGCAGGAUGUCUCAACGAUUCGAUGGUGCUCCUAUCAGUUUGUUCAACAUUGCGGAUCUUGUGGCGUUGAUCUAUGGAGGACGGUCAGUGUUCGCAGUGUCGACGGCUGUGGAAAGGAACGAGGAGAAUCGAAGGCGCGAAAAAGAAGAGUUACGCGCGCUCUACGAAGGAUUAGUUCAGUUCAAAUCGGCUAAGUACGGCAAAGAGUCUCGAGGCUCAUCAGACACCGACGUGGGCUACGUUAGUAGGAGUUCUAGUGAAGAGCUGGAUCGAUCAAGAUCACCGAGAUCGCCGGAAGUGCCAACGUGUAGUCUGUUCAGUGAGAACCACUUCCACGUCAUCGAAGAAAAACUGGAGAGGUCGUUCGUCAGUGACAUUACUGUUGAGGAGCUGAAUGCGUCCCUGAUCGAACAAGAAGAACUAGCCGAAUUCGAGCUGCUUGAGCAGGAAAUCGAGGAGGGAGAAGAGGGAUUGGUCCGAACCGAUUAUAUUAUCUGCCGAGAUGAACGAAUACAAUUGGCGCGUCUCCGACAGCAUACGGUCACCUCACAACCACCCCGACCAAAACCUCAUUUUCCGAUUGUUCGGGUGCCGUCUUCGAACGACUUGGUGAUGAAGCGACUGCAGGUGAAAGCAACGUUGUCAAACCUCGAUCUACGAUCUUUCGGUAGCGAAACUUCGCUGACGUCUCUUGACCUUUCCUGUGCAGGCGAUUUGGGCUCGCCCAUGCAGUUCGCCGCUAGUCCAUUCCAG